AUGAUUUCCAAAAAGUCAAAUAAGUGGCCCAACAUGACAGAUGAGGUUUUUUAUAAUUUGGGCCUGGUUUAUAUGGGUCUGAAAGACUACAGGAAAGCUUUGGUAGCAUUCAACCAUGCUAUUGAUAUUAAUCCACGACAUGCUUCGUGUUUCUAUCAUCGUGGCUUAACCAAGAUCCAUCUCAACUAUGCACAGUGUGUCAUUGAUUUUAACAAGGCUCUCUCAAUUGAUCCAAAAUAUUUUGAGGUUUAUAUGAGUAGAGCUGCUUAUUAUGCAAUGAAAAAGAAUUAUCCAAAGGCGAUUCUCAAUUGCAAUGAAGGUUUGAAGAUAUAUAAAAACAGUGUACGUGCUUUAUUGUACAGGGGUUCCAUAAAGUAUUUUAUUGGUGCAUAUAAGCUUGCUGUUGUUGACUUGACAAAAGCCAUUGAAUUAAAGGAGGACUGUGCUCUUGCCUUCUUUAAUAGAGCAAUUUGUUUUGAAGCUCUUGAGGAAUAUGAAAAUGCUUUGUGCGACUACAGUAUCGUCCAUUUAAUCAGUGAUGAGUUGGAUUACAAUGUCUUCAUCAACCGAGGAUGUCUUUAUUUCAAGAUGGAAGAUUUUGACAAUGCCAGACAAGAUUUCCGAGAAGCUUUAAAGUUGAAACCUCAAGACUGCAAAAUAAUUCAUGCUUGGGGAUUGUGUCUGCACAAACUGGGAAAGCUGGAAGAAGCUAAAGAAAUGUUUACUAAAUGCCUUCACAUUAACUGCCAAUUCUCUGAUGCCUUUAUCAGCAGAGGAAAUGUCUACAUGGAUUAUGUUAGUGAAGAAGAAACUGUUUUGGCCAGUUAUGACUACCAACGUGCAAUCAUUACAAAGCCUGAUGAUGUCCUUGCACGGAUCUACUGCGAAGAUGCUCUUGAAGGUAGGGCUGCUGUCUGUCUUCAGAUGGGUGACACUUAUGCUGCUUUUCAAGAUCUCAAUGCAGCCAUACGCAUUAACCCUACAGCAGUACUUUAUAACAACCGAGGUGUUGUUAAUCAGUAUAUGAAAUGUCUCAGAGAUGCAUUGACUGACUACAAAUAUGCCAUUGAGCUUGAUCCACAGUAUGCCUUAGCAUAUUAUAAUGCAGGCAACAUUUACCUACAUGGAAGAUUUUUUCAACAGGCACUGAAAUAUUUUAACAAAGCCAUAAGUCUGGAUCCUAACGAUGAGUGUGCCCUGAUAAAUCGAGCUGUGACCAAGGCAAGUAUCAGCAAUUUUUUUUUUUUUUUUUUUCAAUGGCAUUCUUCUAUAGAGACAGUGUUCAGAAUUAUUAUCUUAACUUUCUGUCUUUUUUGUGUAUGA